UGACAUCAGCCCAUAAUUUAUCUGUCUCUCGUUGCGACUAGCUAACGUCAUAGGCUGGUUCGUCUAGCAAGAUUUAGCUAACGAUAGCUGAGAAGACGUUGCUAACCAUUAGCGACUUCUGAAGUUCCAAUCUCAGCCAGAUCGACGCCAUGGCAGCCGCAGGCCUUCACCUCAAAGCGUCGCUCGCCUCAGCCAAGUUAUCGCACCCGUCUCGCGCGUCCGGAGCAGCGAUGCCAGCGGCAAGUCCCGCCGUCGUUCCCUGCCGCGCGACCCAGCUACUAUCGCACAGACGAGCAGCGAUCUUCGUCUCUUCGUCGCAACGAAAAUCCACCCUUCCUGCUUUCCGACCCCGCUCCCAGCUUUCGAUCUCCGCUUCCGCUUCCGCGCAAGCUGCCGCGCAGUCCUCCGCGCCUCCUUCCCCCACUGCUCUUUUCGUCGCAGCAGUCGCAGCCGCUUCGGUGACAGCAGCGGCCGUCGCACACGCCGUUCUCGAGCCGCUGCGACGCCUCUUCGCGCCCCUCUCCGCCACCGAGCAGCUCCAAUUGGACAACCUCACGGGCCGCGCGCCGGGAUCUCUAACCGCGUCUCUAAUCUCCUCCGGAAAACGGCUAGCGGCGUGCUCCGCGCCGCUGUUAUUCGCGGCGAUCAGCCAAUCAAACGCGAGCACGAGCACGCCGCUGACGGUGAUCGCGAGCGGCAUGGCGAAGUGGCUGGAGCUGUACAGCGGACUGCUGCUGGUGCGCGUGCUGCUGUCGUGGUUCCCCAACAUUGACUGGGAGAGGCAGCCCAUGCAGGCCAUACGUGAUAUGAGCGACCCCUAUUUGAACCUCUUCCGCAACAUUCUGCCUCCUUUCUUUGGAGCGCUGGAUCUCAGUCCCAUGCUCGCUUUCCUUGUGCUCGGCAUGCUCACAUCUCUGCUUAAUACAGCAGUUUUCUCUUAGAAAAUGCAAUUCCACGUGUUUCGGGCUUGCGGUGGGCGCAGAAGUGUGCAGUGUACUGAGUAUGGUAUAGGCUGAUUUGAUUCCAUGCAAACAUGAACCUGGUAUCUGAAUAAACGAGCUGGUGCUGUAUUCAACGCCCUGUAUCAUGCCGAAGUCAUC